AUGAUGAUCAAAAUCAAGUGUUCAAAUCACGAGAAAGUGCAUACGAGAAAGGAAUUCGCAUUCCUCUCACCAAGGAUCACCGCUACACUGAAAUUGAACCAGACAAACACGAUUCGAGUUCCAUUUCUUACAAAGAUCGCGUCACGUGUUGUGAGGAAUAUUGAGGGUGAUGUAGGUUCUUCAGUUGCUGUUGUUGACCAGAACAUCGAGGGUUUUGCAGGUUUUUCAAUUGUUGCACAUGUUCCUGAUGAGGUUGCUCUUACUGCUGAAGAUCUCAGGACCUUCAAUGAUAUGUUUGUUGAUUUUGACACUCUCCUAAAAUUCAACAAGCAUCAGGAUCAGCGGAAGAAGAGCUCCAAUGAGAUGAGUUUUUUACAAAGCAUGGAGAUGCCACAGAUACGAAAUUCUAGAAAUUUUGGCAAGGGAAGCUAUGGGGUAGUUUUUUCAGCCAUUGACACGCAGACCGGGGAAAAUGUAAUCUUGCUACCAUCCUCCAGGCGGGAUUUCAGAGACAUUUAUGUUGUCUUCGAGCUUAUGGAGUCCGACCUUCAUCAAGUCAUCAAAGCUAAUGAUGACUUAACACGUGAGCACCACCGGUUUUUUCUCUAUCAGAUGCUGCGAGCACUGAAAUAUAUGCACACAGAUGAAGAUAUUGCCUAUCCUCAUCUCAGCUUUGAUCAGAGUUGUUAUUAUAUGGCAAGUGGAUGUAAUUUUAGGAUUACGUUGCUACGAGAUGGUAUAGGGGUCCUGAGCUGUGUGGAUCUUUCUCCUCCAAGUAUACCCCUGCUAUUGAUAUCUGGAGCAUUGGUUGCAUUUUUGUGGAGGUCUUUUCAGGGAAAUAUAAUCUCUGGAGUGUGCAAUGAGAAGGCAAGAAAAUAUUUAGCAGGAAUGCGGAAGAAGCACCCAAUGCCUUUUGCUGAAAAAUUUCCCAAAGCAGAUCCUACAUCACUUAAUUUAUUGAAAAAGUUAUUAGCAUUUGAUCCAAAGGAUCGACCAACUGCUGAAGAGGUGUUGGCGGAUCCUUACUUCAAGGGACUGGCUAAAAUUGAAAGGGAACCUUCCUGUCAGCCAAUCUCAAAAUUGGAGUUUGAGUGCACUCCUGAGAUCAUGAGGAAUUAUAGGCCAAUUUUAUGGCAUAUCAAUUUGCGUUCAAAAUCAAUUGAUUCUAAAGUCUAUUCCUGA